AUGACGAGCGAAAACCCACAUACUUUUCCAAGGCUGGAAGGCGUGGCAGGACAGCAGAGAAAACUAGGAUGUAGCCGAGAGACUGCUUUCACCUACGCUGUCAGUGCUGCCGGGGUGGUGAACGCGAUCAGCCGGGCUUGCCGGGAAGGAGAGCUCUCCAGCUGUGGCUGCAGCCGGACAGCCCGGCCCAAGGACUUGCCCCGAGACUGGCUGUGGGGUGGCUGCGGGGAUAACGUGGAGUAUGGAUAUCGUUUUGCCAAGGAGUUUGUGGAUGCCAAGGAGAGGGAGAAGAACUACGUGAGAGGUUCAGAGGAGCAGGCUCGUAUGCUGAUGAACUUGCAGAACAAUGAGGCUGGUCGCAGGGAAGUGACACCUCUUCUGGACACUGCCCCUGGACGAGCUCCUCUCAGCAGAGAUGGAGGGAAAGGGGGACAGCAGCAGGCCCCCCCUGCCAUGAGGAUCAGCCGCAAGGGAAAGCUGGAGCUGGUGAACAACCGUUUCAACAUGCCGACGCAAGAGGACCUGGUCUACGUUGACCCCAGCCCGGACUAUUGCCUGCGCAAUGAGACCACUGGCUCUCUGGGCACCCAGGGCCGACUGUGCAACAAGACCUCAGAGGGCAUGGAUGGGUGUGAGCUGAUGUGCUGCGGACGGGGUUACGACCAGUUCAAGAGUGUCCAGGUGGAGCGUUGCCACUGCAAGUUCCAUUGGUGCUGUUAUGUCAAGUGUAAAAAGUGCACAGAGAUUGUUGACCAGUAUGUCUGUAAAUGAAAGGAACCACCAAAGCAACAAAUCUAUAUUAUAUAAAUCUAUAUAAAUAUAUUUUAUAUUUGUAUAAAUAAACAGAUGAUGAUAAUAAUUAAAGAAGCUUAUUUA